CGUGGAGUGCACGUGCAACUAUUCUCUGCAAAAAAGUAUCUUCUCGAAAGUCCAGACAGAACUCCGUUCGCAGUCUGAACGGGGUCACAGGCUUUGCGCGAUGAGCGAGAUAGUGCCUCAUAGCGCUGCAGCCCAUUGAUCAACAUGCGGUAGCUCACCUUGUUAAGCAGCAGAGGGCCAUCAAAGGGAAGAGCUCAACCUACGCCAGGGUCCGGCAUGACGGCAGACAGCGGCGGCACCUCAACCCCGAACGGCACCUCGGGUGGUGCUGGUAGCAAUUUUCUGCAGGUGUCGGCCCGGCGGUCAAGCGAGAACGUCCCCCGGCAAAUCACCGCGACCGCUGGGGCAGAGACGCGGGUGGCACUCCAGGGCGCUCUUCGGGCGGCCGGCAUAGACAACGAUGAAGCCGAGGACUCGCUGAACAUGGAGGAUGGCCCUUCUCAUGGGGAAGAGGAGAGCAAGUCGCUACAGGUUCUUCUCUAGGGUAAUAAUUCAUGGGUCCGUCACUGCGCGAGGUAGAAUUAGAACGUGCGUCAAUUAUAGAUGAAAACGGUUUAUCGUACCCGUCGAAGAAGCUUUCCAAAUCCCACGGAUUAUUCCACAAUGAAUUUCAUAUUGCAACUUCAUCUCAGGACUUGGCCAUCGAAACUGCGGUAACCCUGAGCUUCGUGAUUUUCCUGGGCAGCGCGGUUGGCGGGAUGAAUGUGCUCUUUCACAAGAUGGUCCUCUACGGGGACAAGGCGGUGGACUUCAUCGGAAAUCUCGUAUCAAGUGCAAAUAUGUCUGGGUCUGGAAGAGUGCAAGUUUGUCAUGCUUGUCUCGCAUGACUCUUGAAUCUGUCAUGCAUGAACAGGAAAGCAGCCUCCUACCUGUCAUGCAAAAACGCAGUUUGUCAUGCGGGAAGCGAAACACAUAGGAGCUCAGAAACUUGUCAUGCGUGGCUGCGUAACGCAGUGCGCCCAAAAUGCACAAACUAGCAUCACAAGUUUCCAGACCCAGACAUAUUUGCAUUUCAUAUCUCGUCGACCCGAGCGAAACCGCCGGUUUCGUCAUCUACAAGAUCGUGGUCGCCGGUUUGGGCUCCAGCGUCGUUGGCUACAUCACCCGCACUCUCUUCCCGGAGUGCAUCGGCGGGGGGACCAUUGCCACCAAGAUCUCCCUGGCCAUUGGCAGCCCGAUUCCCUUCCGCGUGGGCAUCUGUCGUUUGAUCCUGUCGAGCCUGUACGUCGCCAGCGGCAACCCACUCGGGAUCGAGGCCCCAACGAUUCAUUUAUCCGCGGCGGUAGCGUCCGCGGUGUACAGCUACACCAACAUCGAGCACAGCUACUUCCCGAACAGUAAGUUUCUGCCGCCCUUGCCGCAACUGAAAGUGCCGCUGUGUAUGGUGCUGGGCUGCUGCGGCGGGCUUUCCGCGGCGUUCAACAGCCCGCUGUCCGGGAUCGUGUUCGCGAUUGAGGAAUACGUGGACAUUCGGCAGGAGGGCAUCGUGACGACACUGGUUCUCCUCGCCAGUCUCUGCUCCGCGCUCCUGACGCGCCUUACCAUGUCCGGUCCCCUUUUCCCCAUCGAGGCCAACCACUUGGACGACUACAACACUAUUCCGUGGGGGACCCUUCCCGCGGCGCUUUUCACCUCCAUCCUGGCGGGCAUUUGCCUCCCGCUUUUCGCGACCUCCGUGAUCCGCUUCCGGGCCUUCUGGUACCUACAGCCCUACGUGCACGAGAGGUACGUCGGCUUGGCGUCCGGUGUGUCCGCAGCGCUCGUCGGCGCGCUGGUGUUUCUCGUGGCCGACUACCGGGGCGUCUGGGGCCAGGGGAGCGACUCGGUAACAAAAAUGAUUGACCAGAUCGCGGCAAAGCCGAGGGAAGUGGACGGAGCAGAAGUCGGCUACGCUUUGUUGUUCUUUUUCGGAAAGCUGUUGGCCUGCAGUCUCGCGUUUUCGGCGGGAGGAAGUGGCGGAAUUCUCAUGCCGAUCAUAAUUUGUGGUGGAACAAUGGGGUAUGAAACAUGCUUGGAUCAGUUUUGGUCUUGGUAGUACGUUGGCAUCCUCUGUGUGCGUAAGGGCGAGUGAAUUCACGGAGAAAUCCUAUUUUCGGUUUGUGAUUUUAUGUCGCAUCCAUUCAAAAAACUCAAGGUACGUUGUUCGAGGCAUAAUAUUUUCCUUGUGGGGCUACGAGUCCGGGCAGACAGCGGUCGCUUUCGGCAUGGCGAGCUUCUUUGCGGCACUCACCAGACUACCAUUGACAGCGACGGUCCUGAGCUGCGAGAUGUCGGCUAUUCUGUAUUUUCCCUCUGUUCUUUUUUUUGCUUGACGAGCUGCUGUAUGAAAUUCGCAUUUUUUCUGUCAUGGUUUUUGUUUUGUCGUCAACAUGAAAAAGCGAUUGAAAUACAAAAUCAACAUGCAGGACCGUCGAUGAAAACUUGAUAUUUCCCAUUUUGCUGGCCUCCAUCCUUGGUGCCCGCAUCAGUGGGCUCUUUCAGAGUCAUACUGUUUUUGAGCGCAUGAUGCUGCAGGAUGGGAUCAAUCCGAUGACCAUCGGAGAACAGAUCCAACGCACUUGCCAAGUCGAGAAGAAAGUAGUAUAUUAAUUGAUUCUGCAAUUCGUUUUCGUCUUGGGUUGAUCUUGUCCUGUUUUUCCCGAUGUUCUUCCGACAAUUUCUAGUGGAUGCAAAGCAGAUGGCCCAGCAUAUUAAUGAACUUGUCGAUAAAUCUUUCCCACAGAGCGGUCGGACAGCGGUGAUGCACGGGCGGCGCAGCGCAAUAGCGACCGACGAUCUGCUCCGGGGGAGUCUCGCGAGCCAGAAGCUGGAGCAAUUUUUCCGCCAAUCCCAGGCCCAAAAUGCGAACGCGACCACGACUCCUGCGGCAAACAAAAGCUAUUCCUAUCCCCGGGAAGAUUCCUCGGACGCGAACGACGAUGAGUCCGAGUAUUCCACGUCGUUGCACACUUCGGGCCACGGCCGGGGCCAGUCUUUCCGUUCCCGACGGUCCGGAAACGGAUGGGAACAAACGGGGGGGAGCAAGAAGAACAGCAUCCGCAGCAGCAUCCACAGUUUGCUCAGCCCCAGCCCCAGUCUCUUCACGGUCGGCGCGUCCCCCUCCAUGGUGGUGCAGUUUAACGCGGUUACCGCAGGCCUUGCCGGGGCCGCGGGCGGUUCUCAGCCACGCGACCACGGGCGAAUGUCCGAAAACAUCACGCUGCUUUAUCGAGCGAUGGAGCACAAGGCCGCGCAGGCCAGCAGGCGGGCCAGCAGAAAUUCCACCGCGCCCCCGCUUGACGCUACCGGCGUGGCGAUCCUGCGCGACUCCUUGAUCCACGGGACCGGCAUCGGCCAGCAGAACGCGCAAGCGCAGAGUCCAGCUUUCCCAAACGAUAGUAGAGUGGAUUUCGCGCUGCCGGGCGCGGCGAGAAAACAAAUCGCGGGCGGCAGUAGGUCGAGUAGCGCAACGGGAACCGGUAUUGCAAGUGCCUUUGCGCAGCCCGGAGCAGGCAACGGAGCAGGAGCCUCUGGAGCAGACGAUGGGACCAUUUUCCGUUUUCUCACCGUCAGUGCACAAGAGGCCGUCCGCAACACGAUAAACCUCAACAACGGCGACGAGCCGUCAAGAGAGGUACUGAUUUGUUUGAAUUUUCGCAUACGUAGCUAGUUGUACUCGAAAUCUUUUGCUUUCUUUUUCACAGCAUUCUCAGCUCGAUCGAUCAUUCAGAAACAGAAUCCGAACGGUGUAACGCAACAGGUUUCGUUUCCUCCGAGUUCCUCCAUACCUGAGGAAGAUGCGUCAGUGCAAAACAUCGACGGCAGCAGAACGCUGCUCGACGACGAGAACGACAGAAGGCUUUCGAAAAAAACGCCAGAACCUGAAAAAGGUUGAGCUACGUCCACCACCGCAGUUCAUACCGUAUCAAAAACGAUCUUACCUCAAUCUUUAGCACCAAAAAUGCAAAAUUUUUGGGUGUUGGUACUAGAAAAGGAAUCAAUCUAGCAAUCUGAGGCGUCCAACAGCGUCCAACACCGAAUGGUUCGGUUACUCGCUUGAAAUUGAAAAUCCAUAGAAUUAGAAUCGAACUGAAAGUACUUACUUACAUUUACACAGUGCAAAGUGCAUGAAGGAGUGAGUGUGAACUCACAUGUUGCCCUUACAAGUACAGCGGUUGCUAAGUAUGAUACAGAUGGCAAAAAGUACACGGAGCUUUUUUUGGAACAGUACAAAGGAGAAUAAAUCGAGCACGAGCAUGACC